UGAAAACUGUUGUUUGGUAGGAGCUGUUGGCAGGUGGCAUGACCGCGACGCGUGUGCGCGAAUUUCGCAUGGCUUGGGUGCGUCUCAGGCAGUUGUCUGAGGGUUGCGUCGCGAUGCCUACCACUGUGUUGGCCCUUCUUAUGUACCUCAUCAUGCAGACAACUCUUUGCACGUACCAGGGCCUUGUGAGCUCUCUGGCUGGCUUCCAUACGUUUGCUUCCAUCUGCGCCAUCAUCUCAGUUCAGAUUUUCGCCGGAGUGGUGAUUAUGUGUGAUGCAGGUCAUCGAGCUGCACAAGCGAUGAAGACCGACUUUGCUACUCCACUUCAGAAGCUGUUUUUUAUGCAUGCGCCCAACCAAGAAACAGUUAAUGAGAUGCGCACUUUUCUUGGUGUGAUAUCAAGCCGGGCGCCUGCCAUUACAUGCGCCGGAUUCUGCCAGCUGACUCGUCAAACGGUUACAGGGGUAAGUAGUGUAGGGAGCAGGGGAGCACACCUGUGA